AUGGCAUUUGCACCAAUCCAAGAGCCCAAAACUGAGCUUGGCCACUAUCGCAUCCUCUCGAGCAAUGCCGGAGUUCGUGUCUCUCCGCUGGCCCUGGGAGCCAUGUCUCUGGGGACAGCAUGGUCCGCAUUUCUAGGGUCUGUCGACGAAGAGAAAUCAUUCGAAGUCUUGGAUUACUAUGUGGAUGCUGGUGGCAAUUUUGUUGACACUGCGAACAAUUAUCAGAAUGAGGAGUCUGAGAUUUUUAUCGGCAAAUGGAUGGCUUCCCGGGAAAACCGUGAUAUAAUGUUCGUUGCAACCAAGUUCAGCAACUCGUUUCGGACACAUGAUCUUGGUACGGGCAAGAUAGUUAAUUAUGGUGGUAACAACAAAAAGUCCCUCAUGCUCUCGGUCAACGCUUCACUUCAAAAGCUGCAGACGACAUAUAUCGACCUACUCUAUGAGCUGAUGGACUCGCUUCACAUUCUGGUUGAGCAGGGAAAAGUCCUUUACUUGGGAAUUUCCGACACACCUGCCUGGGUGGUUGCGGCUGCCAAUACCUAUGCCAAAGCGCAUGCGAAGACCCCCUUCUCCGUCUACCAAGGCCGCUGGAAUGUUAUGGACCGUGAUUUCGAAAGAGAAAUCAUCCCAAUGGCCCGCCACUUUGGCAUGGCUUUGUGUCCCUGGAUGGUGCUCGGAGGAGGAGAACUGCAGAGCAAGAAGCAGCUUGAAGCUCGCAAAGGUACAAACGAGAGUAGCCGGUUCAGCGAGCAGAGCGAGGAUGCGGCCAAGGUCAGCGAGGCGUUGGAAAAGGUGGUUGCGGAGCACGGCACCGACAGCAUCCAGCAGAUUGCCUUGGCCUACGUGAUGAAGAAGGCUCGAAACGUCUUCCCGUUGAUAGGAUGUCGCAAACCUUCUCACUUGGAAGAUAACAUCAAGGCGUUGAGCAUUCGCUUGACAGACAGCCAAGUCAAGUACAUCGAAAGUGUCAAGUCGUUUGAUAUUGGCUUCCCGUUGAACUUUAUUGGCGACGACCCCAAGGAAACCGGCGGCUAUGCGCAUAUGAUGGAGCUUCUUGUCAGGGCCAAGAUCGCUUUCCCAAGUCCGCCUAAGCCAGUCGGCUAUGAGUAA